ACCCCAUUGUUCGUCAACUACAGCGCUGGGAACAAUGCCGCCCAAAAGUGGAAAAGCCGCCAAGAAGGCCGGAAAGGCAAGGCCCGCCGGAGCCAAGGGCAAGAGGAGGAGAAAGAGGAGGGAGACCUUCGGUGUCUACAUCUACAAGGUCCUCAAGCAGGUGCACCCCGACACCGGUGUCUCUAGCAAAGCCAUGGGCAUCAUGAACUCCUUCGUCAACGAUAUCUUCGAGCGUAUCGCCGCUGAGGCUUCCCGCCUGGCUCACUACAACAAGCGCUCCACCAUCAGCAGCCGUGAGAUCCAGACCGCCGUGCGUCUGCUCCUGCCUGGUGAGCUGGCCAAGCACGCUGUCAGCGAGGGCACCAAGGCCGUCACCAAGUACACCAGCUCCAAGUAAAUCGACGUGAACCAGAAAAACCACCGGCCCUUUUCAGGGCCACCCAAAUCUUUCGAAAGAAUUGUAUCUGUAUUUCUCAUUUACUAUAAAUUGCUUUUGCACUAGCUGUG